AAAGGGGUUUCUCUUUCAGUCACUCUUAUUCAUCUUGCCAUCUGUUUGCCAGUUCAGAUACCUAUUUUUUUAUUAUUGUAUUUCAUCAAUGCUGCCAAGAUCACCUCUGGUGCCAUCUGUUACUCCCAAACAUUUAAUAUCUAGGAUUCUUUCCCUACGUUAAUACUCAUUUCAAAAUAAUUUAUCCUCCUAAAAACUAUACUACUUUCUUAUCCUUGUUUGAUAGGCUCUGUGAGAUAGCCAAUCAAGAUUCAUCAGCUAAAUGAUGCAAGAUUCAAUUCCUGCUUGUUUCUCAGCAGGGGAAAAGUUAUCAGAUGAUCAUGCUGCAGUAACCAGGUCAGGGCAAAGCAUUUUUAUGUCGGUUUAUCGGACGAAAAUUGCUGAUCAAUGCAGGUUAAUCACAGUUACUUGGUGCAAGAACUUGUUGCUCCAUGGUUUAUCAGUGUCAGUAGAUGGAUCAAGUGGAGAUGGGCAGUAUACUUGCAAAGUGGAGCUAAAGCCCUGGUACUUCUGGAGGAAACAAGGUUCAAAGCAUUUUCUUGUGGACAGUAAGCCAGUUGACAUAUUCUGGGAUCUUAAGGCUGCUAAAUUUAAUGGUGAGACAGAGCCAAGUUCAGAGUACUAUGUAGCAGUGGUUUGUGAUGAGGAAGUUAUUCUGCUUCUUGGUGAUUUGAAGAAAGAUGCUUAUAGAAAGACGGGCUGCAGGCCAGCACUUAUUGAACCAAUUCUUGUAUCAAGAAAAGAACACAUUUUUGGCAAGAAGAAGUUUUCAACAAGAGUUAAAUUCCAUGACAAGGGCAGAAUGCAUGAGAUCUCUAUUGAGUGCAAGAACAGGAUUAACAGUAGUCGAAUUUCUAUCGAUGGGGUUGAUCCAGAAAUGGAGAUAAGGAUAGAUGGGAAAUUGUUCAUUCAUGUGAAGCAUUUACAGUGGAAAUUCAGAGGGAACGAAUCGAUUCAUCUCAACAAAGUGAGGAUAGAAGUUUAUUGGGAUGUUCAUGACUGGAUUUUCAAUCCUGGUUUAAGGCAUGCUUUGUUUAUUUUCAAGCCAGUUCUGUUAUCUACAUCCCCUUCAUCAGUAUCCGAAUUAUCAUCACCGCCAUUCUCUUCAUCGACAUCGACUCCAUUGUCAUCCCAAACAGGGAGCUCUGGUUCAAUAGAGGGGUUAAAUUCAAACAACUCUUCAGAUUUUUGCCUGUUUCUUUAUGCUUGGAAAGUAGAAUGAGAAAGUUACAUAAAGUGGCUAUUGGUUUAUUGUAUCUAUCAUCAUUAAAAGCAGCAGCUAAAAUAAACAUAAUGGUUGAAAGAGAAAAACUGAGACUCAUGUCAUGGCCUAAUUAGGAAGGAGAUUGGGUUGACAGAUGAGAGAAGGAAAAGAGCAAGGCACAUGGGAACAAUUGGGGCCCAAAUUAGCAUAUUGUGGCUGCAAGGUAGUUACAGCUGUUUGUGAAAAAGAAAUGGGCAUAAUUGGACAAAGACACAUUGGAUAACAUAACAUGCCCAAUUAUUUUCCCAAUCUAGAGGCAUCUCCAUGUUUGUUUUCUCCCACAGUUUUCUUCUCUUUCUCAACUCUGGUUUUUCAUAAGUGAGCAAUUAUUUUUGUGAUACUUUUGUCUUCUAAAUUCUAUAUAUAUACAGAAAAAUAUUGAAUACAUUUUGCUUCACUGUAUUUCUGCAUUUGGUGUAACUAACUGAGGUAAAAUGAACUAUGGUGUGGACAGAAGUGGAGUUCAAAAUGAGGAACCUCUGAAGAUAAGACAAAACAAAUGAUAAGGGAUGGGAGAUUUAAUACUCUGGAAUUCUACCAGAAAUUUAUUGGCUCAGGCAAUAAAACAAGUGAAAAGAUGUGCUGGAGACUUUACAUCAUAGCUUUGUACAGUCUGGCCAUAGUCCUACUUAAGGGAGAUCAGUAGGUAAAAUGUCAUAUCCUAUCAGUACAACUUAUAAGCACAUGGAUAAGUCUCCAUACCAACAAAUUGGAAAUAACUUAUUUGAUUUUGUGGGAGCAAUAAUGUGUUACCUUAUAAGGUAUUGUUAACUAAUAUUGGUAAGAAACUAGGCAGACGUCUUUUAAUUUUUUGCAGAGAAUGUACACAUAUCAUAGAAACUUUCCAGGUUAUUUUAAGACAUAUUAAUCCUACAUG